CUCCUAGCACUUCCACACACACCACCGUCAAGCAAGAUGGCGACGAUCACGGAACCUCUCGACUUGAUCAAGCUCAGUCUGGACGAAGUCAUCUACGUCAAGUGCCGUGGCGAGCGCGAGCUGCGGGGAAAGCUGCAGGCGUACGACCAGCAUUUGAACAUGGUACUGAGCGACGUGGAAGAGACCGUGACGAGCGUCGAGAUUGACCAGGAAACGUACGAAGAGAUUGUCAAGCAGGCCAAACGUCAAGUGGAGAUGCUGUUUGUGCGAGGGGACGUCGUCAUUCUCGUCGCGCCACCUUUGCGAACGGCCACCAACAAAUAGACUCAUCUCUCAUGUUUAUCCUUGUUGACGAUACGUGCACCUGUGUUGUCGCCGCCUGCUGCUCUUGCGACUGUGCAGGAGGUCGGCGUCCUCAUCUUUAUGGUAGCUACCCGUCUGCCACGACGCGAAAUGUACGUUGUCCGCCACAGGAUUGCGUCGAUUCACGGCCGACUGGGGGCGAACUUUCUUCGGAGUCGGUCGCUCCCACACGACUUCAUCUUGCUUUGAACCCAACGUAGUAGCAGCAUU